GCCCAGGUUUGGUUCCCAGGUGUAGGAACCACUUGGGAACCACUGGGCUGUCAGUGGCCAUGCUGUGGCGGUGGCUCACAUACAAAAAGAGUGAAAAGAGGAAGAUUGGCAGCGGAUGUUAGCUCAGGGCUAAUCUUUCUCAGCAGAAAAAAAAAAGAAACUUGUCCAGGGUCCCACAACUGGCAGAUGAUAGAGCCAGGAUUUGAACGCAGACUGAUCCCAAAGGCUGUGAACUUAGCCUCCAUGUGGCUAAAAUGCAGGAAGUGUGGGAAAGAUGGCAGGACAUGAGUUUGAUGAGAGAAGUUGGAAUCAGAUUUUGGAAGGUCAUGGGUAAAGAAUACUCCACAGAGGUUUUGGAGAAGGAGAGUGAUGGGGUGUAUUUUUAGAAAGUGUCCCUGGGUGGCACUGUGGGGGGUGGACUGGAAGGAGAGUGACUGAUUAGGAGGUAUUUGGAUAGUCCCAGGGAGGCAUUGUUACAAACUGGGAACCAAGGUCGUGCCCAGGGGCAUAAAGGUGGGGUCUUGAGAGCCUUGACCAUGUAGGAGAGGGACUGGAUGAGAAAGGAUUGCUGCCCUGUUUCUAGCCUGAGAGGACGUGCACGUGCCAGCUGGAGCCCCAGAACUGGGGGAGCAGAGCCACUCUGUUCCUGUAUUGCCACUUUCCCCAUCCAGAAGAGUAAUUGCAUAUUUAAACAAUGGCCUGUGCAGGCUUAAUUUAGCUUGUAUCAGUGCUCAAUAGGGCAUAAUUUCUGGCUAUUUUCUGUAGAUCCAUUCUUUUCUUUCUUCUUUCUUUUUUAGAUAUAUGACUUUUCCCACUUAUUUUUAGGUGCCCUAUAUCAGGACACAGGACAGGGAAACAGGCAGUGGGGUUAGGUGGGGCUGUAGGCCUGUUUCUCAGCAUCUGUGCUAGUGAUACCACUUGGCUCCCAGGAGAUUCCCUUUGUGGCUUUAUUUUCACUCUUUUCCUUUAUUCUGUCAUAUUCUCCUUUGGGUUUCCUAAGAGCUUUUUUAGCAUUUUCUUAGUUGCCUCUUUUCUUUGUGUAAUUGACAUCAGCCUUGUGACUUUUUUUUUAUCUUGAUAUAUGUAAGGGGAAGCUAUUGAUGAUAUCCUUGGGUUUCUGAAAAGCAUGGAGCAAGGUUUUAUGGAGAAGGUUGAUACUAGAUAAUAGAAUAAGUAUCAAAUAGAGAAGGAAGUACUAGAUAAAUAGGCAAAUAGAGAAGGAAGUACUAGAUAAUAGUACAGUCAAGUGUUUUUGUGAGUGCUUGACCUGGUCCUGAACGAGCCCUGGGGAGAGUUCUCUGCGGGGUCUUAGCCCUGAUCUGGGCAGCAUUUUGUGGAUGGCUCAGACAUGGACAUGGCAGGUGGUGUUAGAAGCACCUAAGGGCAUGGGCUUUGGAAUCAGACAGACGUAGGCUUGAUUCCUGACCUGACUGUGUACUAGCUGUGUGGCCUCUGGCAAGUUACUUAACCUCUCAGAGCCUCAGGUUCGUCAUCUGUAAAAUGAGGCUAAUGAUACCAACGCCGUAAGAUUCUUGUGAGGAUACGUGAGAUAACACACGUAAAACUCUCAGCACCUACCUGGCACAUACUGAUCCUUCCCUGAAUGGCAGGUGGUAAGAUAUGCCAUCAGCUUUGCAGAAGGCUCGGGGUAGGAGAGCUAGGUGACAUGGCAGGCCGUCCAUCUCUGUGGUCCAGGGGCUGAGUCCAGAGUCACACAUAUGCUAGAUGCUCUGAAUGGCGUCACAUAGGUGACUGACACAGCUUGCUGGGGUUAAUCUCUCUCUUUGUACCCCAUUUGUACCUGGUAUGUGAUUGUUUCUGUGCUUUUAUCGCGCUGAAUUGAGUUGAGUUGGAUAACAGACAGGAUCAGGUGCCCCAGAGAUUGUGACAGAUUGUGACUCAGGACUGAACUAAUAAAAUACAGGAUGGGGAAACAGAUUUAAGAAUAGUUCAUGGAAAAAAGAUGCCUUUGAGCUGAUUGCCAGGGCCACGUGAGGGCCCAAGCAGAGAAUGCAGCCUGAGCUGCGUUCCUUGAAUUCCCAGGUAAAGGAAGUGACUCUGCCACCUGAACUCCAGUGCCCACGGAGCUGAUCAGAACGCAAGCAAACUGUUUUUCCCCCAGGACAAUACGUUUAAGAGUGAGAUUGAGAAUGAGGGGACAGACCUUGAGGAUGGCCCCGCUCCCAGGGGCAGAACUGGUCCAGAGGCCACUGCAGCUCUACCGAUACCUGCUGCGCUGUUGUCAGCAGCUGCCAACCAAGGGCAUCCAGGAACAUUACAAACACGCUGUCAGGCAGAGUUUCCGGGUUCAUUCGGAUGAAGACAACCCUGAGAGAAUCCAGCAGAUUAUUAAAAGAGCCAUUGAAGAUGCCGACUGGAUCAUGAGCAAAUAUAAAAAACAAAACUGAGACUCCAAGGCCUAAGGAGUGAAGCUGUCCUGAAGACACUGAGGUUGAGAGGCCUCUCUUCUCCUGGAGCUGAUCAGCAGCAGUGGUUUGGGAAGAUCCCUGGGCCUUGUGGGCUGAAAGCAGGAAGCCAGGGGUGGGAGAGGCUGACAUUUGUGCAGACGGCUCUUCUCGCCAUGUUUGUGUCCCCAGUGUCCCUUACGUUUGCUUUCCAGCCGCUUAUGAUGUGAGAUUUGGGGAGAACGUGUUUUUCGCUUUGCUCUGAAAGUGAUUUAUUUAUUCUGGACGUCAUUCUUUAAGACCCGGAGCAGGCGUCCCCUUGGAUGGCAGCAUGCACAGAGCACAGGGCGUGGGUUUUAGAACCAGAUGGAUAUGGAUUUGAAUCCCAGCUCAGCAGCUUUUCAAAGGUGUUGUCUUCGAGCUCAGUUUCCUCCUUUGUGAGGAUUAAAUAAGAUGACGUUGAAGGGCCUAACGCAGGACACGGUGCCUGGUGGUGCUGGUAGAUAGCCCUCCGAGGAAGCCUCCUCUGCUGCUCCCUCCUCGGCUCCCGCAGUGCCCUACACAUCUCUCUAGCACACUCCACGUCGGGGCUUGUUUGUUUGUGGACUUGUCCUGUCCCUGCUUGUCACCCAGAGCCCUCACAAUUGCGCCGUGCUCAGCAGUCCGCCAAGCUGCUCUUCCUGACACCGUCCCUCCUGCAGCCCUGGUCCUUGCCUUCACGGAGUUGAUAGUGUCCCUGAAGUGGGGAAAUGCAGGCUGUGUGAGACAAGGAAGAACGCCAGGGCUGCUCCAGGAGACGCCGAUGUGUUCAGGCUUCUGUGAAGUUUCCAUCUGUCUUGACUCGCCCUUCUCUGCUUUGCUGCCAUCUUGGAAGGAAGAAAGGAGAGAGGAAGCAUCUGUGUGGGUGAUGUGAGCCUGCAGUCGGUGGAGAGAGACAGCCCUGGAUCGCAUCCCAAUUCCAGACAAGUUGCUCCUGGGUAACUCAUCUCGCCUCUUUCAGCCAUCUAUCCAAUAGAGUGAUGACCGUGCCUACCUCACAGGGCCACGGUGAGCAGUAAUGAGCUCUGAACGUGACCAGUGCUUCACCCAGAACCUGGCAUGGGGAGCCAGCUGCAAGGCCAUUGCCAGCUACCAUUAUUAGGGAGCCCUGCUUUGCAGAUGGGGAUGAAAGAUCAGAGAGGUCGAGCCCCUUUUCAGAGUCACAAAGCUUAGUAGCCAGGUUUGUCUGAAUCUACCAAACACUAUAGAUUUGAGAGGGAAAAGAGAGCAGCAGGGAAAGAGGAAAGGGAGGGAGGGAGGAAGGAAGAAGAAAGGAAGAAGAGAGAGCAGCAGGGAAUGUCGGGGAUAACUGAUAACUGGCCAGAGCGGGCAGAGCAGCCAGAAGAUGCAGAGAGUAGCCACACUGGGAUUUGAGUAUCCCCAAGAACUCGCAACCAGCAGGAUGAGCUAGCGUGUGUGUGUCCCUGCAAUUAUAUGACUUAAAGUGACUCAGGUACAUCUCUGUGCAGUCAACUGAUUAGCAAAUAACAAAGUAAAUACAUCAAUUCGUGAAAGUUCUGGUGUCUUCUUGACGUAUGUUUCCUACUGUGUGCUAACUGUCAUACUAGGUAUUGAGGACUUGGAGACAGGCAGACAGAAAGCUGCCUGGGGGUGGGGAUCUUUCUUCAGAGGGGAUGACCAGGCGCUGGUCCCACUGCUAGACACCAGUUGAUGAGGUCAGAUUUGCCGCACCAGGGUGAGGGCAAGUUGAGGAGUUUCAGGCCAGUCCCAUAUUCAACCGACCCCCCUCCCCACCUGUGUUGUUCAGCCCCUCUGAAGUCAGGGGGCCAUUUGGUCAGCAGGGUGGGGUUGGUUGUAUGCCAGGCCUUUCACCAGCAGGAGAGGUGUGAGGAAAG